CUGGUGAGUUUCGAAACUAUGAAAAAACCCCAUAAUUCUCUGCUAUUUUUACCAGCAACCAAAAUCACAGAUCCAGUCAGAUAAAACCCCGUAAGACCAAACCCACUCCUAUUCUUCCCCGUCAAAUCAAAUACAUCCUCCAACUCCCAAUCCCCACAAUUUUUGACAGAAGCUAAAAAAUGCCAACAUUCUUGCACCAAAGACCUCUCCACGGCACAGUCUCUGAUCCCUACCCGCUAUCACCACGCCAAUCUUCCUCCUCCCAACGACAAAUUUCACUCUUCAGCCGCACAGGCCUAAUAGCCUUACUAUCCCUCCUCCUAAUUCUAGGCGUAAUCUUACCCUGGGCAGGCACACCCUCAUUUUUCUCAGCAACAAAUCCUGCCUCGCUUGCAAAAUGGCAACAAUACACACUACCCCAAGCGGUGGCGUUUGUUGCAAAAAACAAGACAGUGAUUGUUUGCGCAGUUAGCCAACCUUACUUGCCAUUUUUAAGUAAUUGGUUGAUCAGUAUUUCGAGACAAAAGCAUCAAGAUAAGGUUCUUGUUAUUGCCGAGGAUUAUGCUACUCUUUAUAAUGUCAAUGAGAGAUGGCCUGGUCAUGCUGUUCUUGUGCCUCCUGCUCCUGAUUCACAGUCUGCUCAUAAGUUUGGUUCUCAGGGAUUUUUCAAUUUUACAUCUAGGAGGCCUCGGCAUUUGCUGCACAUUUUGGAGCUUGGGUAUAAUGUGAUGUACAAUGAUGUGGAUAUGGUGUGGUUAGGAGAUCCUUUCCGGUAUUUGGAGGGAAACCAUGAUGUGUACUUCACCGAUGACAUGGCUGCGGUGAAGCCACUGGACCAUUCCCAUGAUUUACCACCACCAGGUAAAAAGGGGCGCACUUACAUAUGUAGUUGCAUGAUUUUCAUGCGUCCCACUGAUGGAGCAAAGCUAGUUAUGAAGAAAUGGAUUGAGGAACUUAAAGCUCAGCCUUGGUCCAAAACAAAGAAAGCCAAUGAUCAGCCUGCUUUUAACUGGGCAUUGAAUAAAACAGCUGGACAGGUGGAUCUGUAUCUUCUGCCCCAGGCAGCAUUCCCAACAGGAGGAUUAUACUUCAAGAAUCAGACAUGGGUGCAGGAAACUAAGGGAAAGCAUGUCAUCAUUCACAACAAUUACAUCACAGGUUUUGAGAAGAAGAUAAAGCGUUUCCGUGAUUAUAGUCUCUGGUUGGUGGAUGAUCAUGCAAGUGAGUCCCCCCUUGGAAAAUUAUAAUGAAUCAAAAGACCCUUUGAGUUGGUGUGCCUGCAUGGCUAAUCACACUCUUUCUUUGCCUUGGAUGAAAUGGGGUGUUUCUGCCCAUCAGCUGUUGGCCAUGGAACCGUAUAAACAGUAUGGAGGAUCGGGAGCUUGAGUGUUUUUCUUUCUGCCAUUUAUUUCAUGUUAAUAGCUGAGCGCUAGCUUAAGGGUGGAUUACUUUUGAAAUGGCUCGGUUUAUAUUCUCUCUCGUAGAUGGAAUUCAUUUCACAUAGGAAGUGCAAAGUGCAAAUUGGGUGGAAUUCAUCUCCCCACUCGGCCACAGUUGGAUCUCUGUUUCAUAUUUUACCACCCUUUAGUGAUUAAGCCAACGAGCUACUCGCAUAAAUUUUUAUGCAAACACAGUUUUUCUCCGCUGUACAAAAUCAAUCAGGUCUUCUGAACUCUUUCCAGAUCAAUUAUUGUAUCAUUUGUGAA